AGCUUCGAACUUCAAAUGCUGUGUUUAAAUACUGUAAAUCCAGUGGAUCUGAGAAGAGCAUAAAUACGAGCAGCUUGGACAGAAAACACAAACUGAAAGAGUCAGAAAAGGGAUAUGAGUGAAUCUUUGUCAAACCCAAGAAGUUGCAGACGGAACAGCAUGGAAACAGCUAUUGGAUUUGCAGGUGAAUCCAGCAGCCUCCCGACUGAAGAGCAGUUAAAGUGUUCUAUCUGUCUGGAAGUGUUCACUGAUCCCGUCACCACUCCAUGUGGACACAGCUUCUGCAAGAGCUGCAUUACACAAAGCUGGGAUACGAGUGAACACUGCCAUUGUCCAUAUUGUAAUGAGAAAUUCACCAUAAGACCUGAACCCAAGAUUAAUAUAACACUGAGAGAGGUUGCAGAUAACUUCAAGAAGAGAAGCAAAGAGCCUCCUGAGAGUUCGGAGGUUCUCUGUGACGCCUGCACUGGUGUGAAGCAGAAGGCUGUAAAAUCCUGUCUGGAUUGUGGUGUGACUUUCUGUUCGUCUCAUUUAGAGCCUCAUAUUAAUGUUCCGAGAUAUAAGAAACACAAACUAAUAAACGCAGUGAAGAACCUGGAGAUGUACAUGUGCCAGAAGCAUGAGAGACCUCUGGAGCUCUUCUGUAGAGAUGAUCAGAUGUAUCUGUGUCAGUUCUGCACUGAAGGAGAACACAAGAAUCACAAUGUUAUUCUGUUAGAGGAGGAGAGUGGAGAGAAGAAGACAGAGCUGCAGCUGAUGAUUCAGGAGCGACUGAAGAAGAUCCAGGAGAUUAAUCACUCAGUAGAGCUCGGCAAAAGAAACAUGGAGAAAGAGAAAUCAGACAGUGUUGAAGUCUUCACCGCUCUGAUUCGUUCCAUUGAGAGGAUUCAGGCUGAGCUACUGGAGGUGAUGGAGGAGAAGCAGAAAGCAGCAGAGAAGCAGGCUGAAGGACUCAUUAAAGAGCUGGAGCAGGAAAUCGAGGAUCUAAAGAGGAGAGACACUGAGCUGGAGCAGUUCUCACACACUGAAGAUCAUCUCCACCUCCUAAAGAUUUAUCCGUUAAUGCGCAUCGCUGCACACACCAAGAACUGGUCUGAGAUCAGCAUUAACACUGACCUGAGUGUGGACGUUCUGAGGGCGGCUCUGUCUCCACUUCAGGAGACUCUGAAUGAGAAACUGAAAGAAACGGUCUCCACAGACCUGAAGAGGAUUCAGCAGUAUGCAGUGGAUGUGACUCUGGACCCUGAUACAGCUUCUCCCUUUCUCAUCCUGUCUGGCAAUAAAAAACAAGUUGUAUGUGGAAACACAAAGCAGAAUCUCCCAGACACCCUGAAAAGAUUUACUAAUUAUUUGGUAGUCCUGGGAAAGCAGGGUUUCUCCUCGGGGAGGUUUUACUAUGAGGUGCAGGUCAACGGGAAGACCGAGUGGCGUUUAGGAGUGGCCAGAGAAUCUGUUAACAGGAAGAGGAAGAUUGAUACGUUUAAACCUCAGGGUGGAUUCUGGACGGUGUCUCUGAGGAACGGGAAUGAGUAUACUGCUCGUGAUGAACCACAUAUCUCCCUCUGCCUGAGAGAAAAGCCCCAGAAAGUGGGAGUGUUUGUGGAUUAUGAGGAGGGUCUGGUUUCCUUUUAUGAUGUUGAAGCCAGGUCUCAUAUCUACUCUUUCACUGGUCAGACCUUCACUGAGAAACUCUAUCCAUACUGUAGUCCUUGUUUGAAUGACGGAGGUAAAAACUCAGCACCACUGAUCAUCUCUCGUGUUUUAAAGACCGAACGCUUCACAUCAGCUUAUCUGUAGCGUAGAAGACGACAACGAUUCCUCGUUAUUUUCAUUAAGAAACGUGUCAAUAAGUUUAUUAUGAAUAUGAAUUGUAAUGUCUGAAUAUUACGUGUGUCUGGAGAAUAAAUGCGUAGAAUUCAGAA